AUGGAUUCGGACACCUUGCAAACCUUCCAGAAUGAACUCACCUGCACUAUCUGCAUGAACUACUUCAUAGACCCUGUCGCCAUAGACUGUGGGCACAGCUUUUGCAGGCCCUGCCUCUUCCUCUGCUAGGAGAAAUCCCAGAAUCCAAUGCGUUGCCGUGAGUGCAGGGAAAUGUCGGAGAAGACAGACUUCAAAACUGAUUUUGUACUCAAGAAGCUGGCUUCCCUUGCCAGGCAGGCCAGACCUCAUCAGGUCCACAGCUCAGAGGAGCACAUCUGUGUGGCACACAUGGAGGUGAAGGGGCUCUUCUGUGAGACUGAGAAGACACUGCUCUGUGGGCCCUGCUCCAAGGCACUAGAGCUUGUGACUCAUAGCCACCGUCCAGAAGAAUGUGCUGCUGAGCAGUGCCGGGAGGAACUUAUAAAGACAAUGGAGUUUUUAUGGAAAAUGACUCAGGAAACACAAAACAAUCUAAACCAAGAAACUAGCAAAACUCAGUUAUUAGCGGACUAUGUGGCCUUGAGGAAGAUGAUAAUCAAAAUUCAAUAUCAGAGGACGCAUCUAUUUCUCCAUGAGGAGGAGCAACCCCACCUGGAGGCAAUGGACAGAGAAGCAGAGGAGAUUUUCCAACGACUCAGAGACAGUGAAGUCAGAAUGACUCAACACAAAGAAAGGAUGAAAGACAUGUACAGAGAGCUGACUGAGAUGUGCCACAAGCUGGACGUGGAGCUUUUGCAGGACUUGGGAAAUGUGUUGGAAAGGACCAAGUUAGUGCAGAUGCAAAAGCCGCAGCUGGUGAACCCAGAGCUCACAUCGUGGCGCAUCACUGGACUCCUCAACAUGCUGAACAACUUCAGAGUGGACAGUCCUCUGAGUAUGGAAAUGGUGAGUUGCUACAUAAGCCUUACUGAGCACCUGAGAAGUGUGAUAUUUGGAGAUGACCCUCACGGUGCACACUGGGAACUCCAGACAGCGGAGAGCUUUGCUGCAUGGGGAGCUAAGGCCUUCACCUCUGGCAGGCAUUACUGGGAAGUGGAUGUGACGCACUCCUCCAGCUGGGUUCUGGGAGUCUGUAAAGAUUCCUGGACAGAUACCAGUAUUAUUAUUGAUUCUGAGAAUGCAUUUUUGCUAUUUUCUUUAAAGGGGAUCAAUGGUUAUAGUCGCUCCACCAACUCUCCACCCUUAGCUCAGUGUGUGCAAAGGCCUCGUCGGGUUGGGGUGUUUCUGGAUUACGACAAUGGAACAGUGAGCUUCUAUGAUGUUUAUAAAGCUGCCCUGAUAUAUAGUUUCCUUCCUUCCUCCUUCUCUUCCCCUCUGAGGCCUUUCCUUUAUCUAUAUUCCCCAUGA